AUGAGGCUUUGUCAGUUGUAUAUAACAUGGACAUUAUCGCGUUGCCCAAAGAUUAGAGCUACAGCAAUAUCAGUAUCACAGCCAGAAUUCAGCCUUCCACUCAUCCCAGCAAUCAUGUCCAAGUCGAUCGUCAACAACAAGCCUUACCCAUUCCACUUCGAGGCGAGCAGCCUACCCAACAUCAAGAGAAACGGAGAACAGGUCACUAUAAACCUGGACAGCUCCCGCGGACGUAUCCCAUCCUUGCAGGCAUCUAAGCUGCGCUCGUUGAUGAAAGAAGCGCACGAUGACCCUUCAAAGAUUGUUGCGCACGUCUGCAGCUACGAUGCAUUGAGCUCACGGCUUUGUGAGGAGGCCGGUUUCCCCGUCCUUUUCCUUGCCGGCUACGCCAUGGCGUCGGCUUUUGGUUUGCCCGAUACAGGAUAUAUCGCGUUCCAAGAAGUCGCAGCAAAAGUGCAAGAGGUUGCGAGGGUUACCAGCAUACCAAUUAUUGUCGAUGGAGACACUGGUUAUGGAGGUCCCAUGAACGUUAGAAGGACCGUAGAGGGCUUUGCAACAGCAGGAGCUGCUGGAAUCAUGAUUGAGGAUCAAACCUGGCCGAAGAGAUGCGGCCACACCGCAGGCAAGAGUGUAGUGUCUAGGAGUGAGGCGUACGCCCGGUGGCAGGCUGCAGUUGACGCCAGAAACGAUGGGCUGGAUAUUUGGAUCCUGGCACGCACUGAUAGUCUGAUUCUCGGAUAUGACGAGGCCCUUGCCAGAGCUCGAAAGGCGAUUGAAAUCGGGGUUGACGCCGUCUUCGUCGAGGCUCUCCCCGACCGUGAAACUAUGGCUCGCCUGCGCAAAGACCUCGACUUUCCGUUGUUCGCAAACAUCAUCGAAGGCGGCAAAACGGAGAAUCUGUCCGCCAAAGAACUCGGAGAGCUUGGAUAUUGCGGAGUCGCCUACCCAUGGACGCUAGUUGCGGCCAAGUUGAGGAGCAUUCGCGAGACCCUUGAGGCACUUAAGGGAUCCCUCACCGUUGGCAAACCCCCGACCGUCCUUUCUUACGCGGAGGUUUGUGAAGGCGUUGGUUUCAACAAGUACUUUGAACUGGAGGAACGUUACCAGUAUGAGGGUAGGACGAAUGGAGCGAACGGACAUCAGUGGAACAACUAG